AUGGAUCUCGUCAACCACCUCACCGACCGUCUCUUGUUUGCCGUUCCCAAGAAGGGACGUCUUCACCAAGCAUGUAUCGAGCUUCUCCACGGCUCCGACAUUCAGUUCCACAGACACUCGCGUCUCGACAUUGCCCUCGUCAAGAACUUCCCCAUCGCUCUCGUCUUCCUGCCCGCCUCCGAUAUCCCUACCUUCGUCUCUGAGGGUCGUUGCGACCUUGGUAUCACCGGUCGCGAUCAAGUCGCAGAAUACGAAGUCACCGAGCCCCCGACUGAGUCUACUGGUGUCGAAGAGGUCCUUGACCUUGACUUCGGUCGCUGCAAGCUUCAGAUCCAGGUCCCUGAGAAGGGUCAGUUCGAAGACGCAAAGUCAUUGGUUGGAAAGAGCAUUUGCACUAGUUUCACCAACCUCGCCGAGGUUUACUUCAGAGAGCUCGAGGGCAAGAAGGCAGGAGAGAAGCUUGACACUCACAUCAAGUAUGUUGGUGGCAGUGUAGAGGCUGCAUGCGCGCUGGGCGUUGCGGACGGUAUUGUCGAUCUCGUUGAAUCUGGUGAGACUAUGCGCGCAGCAGGCCUCAAGGCCAUCUCUACUGUCCUCGAGACCACCGCCAUCUUGAUUCGCUCCAAGAACCCCACCAACCCCGACCUCGUCAACUUGAUCGCAACCAGAAUCCGUGGUGUCAUUACCGCCCAAAAAUACGUCCUCUGCACAUACAACGUCGAGCGCAGCAACCUCGACAAGGCCGCCAAGAUCACUCCUGGCAAGCGAGCACCUACUGUCAACAGCCUGGAAGAGAAUGGCUGGGUCGCCGUUUCGGCCAUGGUUGAGCGCAAGAACGUCUCCAACGCCAUGGACGAGCUGACCGCAAUUGGCGCCACCGACAUUCUCGUCACCAAGAUCGAGAACUCGAGAACCAUCUAA